ACGCAGCAUAACUUCCGCUUUGUUUACGUGCGGCGGCCAUAUUACACUUCUGUGCUUCAAGGGUAUCUGAAGACAUCAAGCUAGGCAACAUGUACCGGUUUGGUAAAGCUGCAGUGAACAUUAGCGGCCAGGCCAUGCGGCAGGUGAGGCAUGGAUCCAACCUCCCCCAGAACCAGAAUUUCCACUCAAAGUACGGUGCUGGUGUGUUGGUCAGUGGAGCCAUCUUCUGCACAGCCGUGUGGGGAUACGUGCUAACUUCGACUGGCAUCACCUGGAAUCUGUCACCUGUCGGGAAGAUCCAGCCCAAACCGUGGAGAGAGGAGUGAAGAGGUGCCAUGACAGAGCUACCUUCCAUCCAACCCUUCUGUUUGUACAGAUGAAUAAAAUAUCUGCGUGUUCAGACAGCAAAUGCUCUUCUUUAUUCCAACAUGUUUCUUUGUCCAAAUAAAUUAAGUGUGAUUCUACUGACUCCAUCUGUUUGAAUAAAGUUAUUAGUUGGCUUGAUAUCA